GACUAACAACCCCCGGACAAAUUUGGGAAAAAAAUUCAGCUAAAGCGGGUGGUGCUUUAAGGAACAAUGAGACACAGCCCAGUGUGGGGCCACAUGUAGAGGGGAUAAGCAAGGCUGUAGUAAGCGCCGUUACCAAUUUGGUACUUUGUGGUUAUAGUUUUCUCCAAGUUGCGUUUGAAGAAAUUAUGAACAUGUGCAAAACUGAGAAACUCUAUCAAUCAACCAACUGGACAUUAAAGUAUGUCACCGGAGAUUUGUUCUCCUGUCCACGCGAUGAAUCCUUGGCCCACUGCAUCAGUGAAGACUGUCGCAUGGGAGCAGGCAUAGCGGUGAUGUUCAAGAAGAAGUUUGGUCGAGUCUCAGAGUUAAAGGAGCAGAAGAAGCUUCCAGGGCAGUGUGCUGUCCUGACACAUGAUCAACGUUUCAUCUACUAUCUGAUCACAAAGAAAAAAGCCAGCCAGAAACCCACGUAUGUCAACCUAAGACAGAGUCUGGAAGACAUGAAAUCUCACUGCUUAGAAAAUGGUGUCAAUAGGAUAUCAAUACCUCGAAUUGGCUGUGGCCUGGACCAGCUGCAAUGGUCAAAGGUGUCAAAGAUCCUGGAGCAGAUCUUUAAAGAGACAAAUAUCUCCAUCACAGUGUACAGCCUGCCCUGUGUUGGGUCAAAGCUUCAAAUGCAUGCCGUGUAGUACAUUUUCAUUUGAGUUUUGUUUUUAACUUUAAAUCCUUUAUAAUCUCUUAAAAUUUUGGAUGAAAUCAACACUCCUUAAACAGUUUUAAGGAAACAAUAAAUAAGGAAACAAUAAAAACCUCCCCAUAAGAUGUUUACAUACAAGACUUUUAACAUCCCACUGAUGUAAAAAUGAUGUUUCCUGCCAUUAAAGAUACGAAACUUAUUGUAAACACUGAUGUUGCACUGUCACUAUCGUACUACAUGAUGCUACUACUAAAUCAUGCUACACAAAAUGAUCCAACAAAGCCCCUGAGGCAGGUAAAAUACAAUAGUUAUGCCUAAAAUUUGUUUUUUUGUUUUUCUAAAUCUAUAUAGUUGUUGAAAACGUAGCUUUUCCUGUGAAUCUGUAAAUCUAAAUUGUGAAAGAGUUUGCUUCUCUAGCUUUAUUUUCCUGACCCAAAUUCAGGAGCAAGAUUGUUGU